CCUGUAGUGACCAAUCGCUGCUAGAGUUUUCCGGCGUGUGAUUUGACAGUAAACUCGCGGAGUCCCGUUCAGUUCAGCCAAGACCAGCAUCUUUGGUUUGGAGGGUGAACAAAUGUAGGAUUGCAAUCAAGUAAUGAUAACACAUGGAGUAGGGUCAGAAAUCAGAACAAUAAUUCAAAAUUACACACAGAACUACAGACUGAUACACAGGGAUUCGAUCGACGUGGAGCAAGCCGCAGUAAAAUAUAGCCCGAAGGCUACUGUCGUUACUAAGUUGGGUAGCAACACUAGCAACACUAACCGCAUCGAUCUACGUUAGCCUAGUAGUAAAUUACGACAGGUGUAGCUCGCUAUAGCAACACAACAUUUCGUUUCAUCCCCUGUUUACUGGUCCUGAGAAUGAUGAAGGAUGCUUGAGAGAGAUACCCUGGUUCAUCUGUUUGCUGGAGGGUGUGGGGGCACGAUCGGGGCCACUCUGACCUGCCCGCUGGAGGUGGUGAAGACCAGACUGCAGUCUUCCUCGGCGUCUCUCUUCAUCUCUGAAGUGCAGCAGGACCCUGCUCGUGGGACCAAAGUGAAAUAUGUGACCCCUGGACCCCUACGCUGCCUGAAGUUAAUCCUGGAAAAGGAAGGGCCACGUUCUUUGUUCAAGGGGUUAGGACCAAACCUGGUGGGCGUGGCUCCGUCCAGAGCGAUAUACUUCGCUGCUUACUCCUACUCUAAAGAGAAGCUGAAUAUUGUGUUGGAACCUGACUCCUCACCGGUGCACAUGGUCUCUGCAGCGCUGGCAGGUUUCAUCGCCAUCACUGCGACCAAUCCCAUCUGGCUGCUAAAGACUCGCCUACAGCUGGAUGCCAGCCGAGGGGAACAGCGGAUGAGCGUCGCCGAGUGCGUCAGGCGAGUGUACCGGUGCGACGGCCCCCGCGGCUUCUACCGGGGCAUGUCCGCCUCGUACGCCGGAGUAUCGGAGACGGUCAUGCACUUCGUCGUUUACGAGAACCUCAAGCACAGGCUGAUGGAGGCCAAGGCCAGCGCCAGCACGGACAGCGACGACCAGGCGGUUAAGGACGCUUCGGACUUCGCCAGACUCAUGCUGGCUGCUGCCACGUCCAAGACUUUCGCCACCACUGUGGCCUACCCCCACGAAGUAAUCCGCACAAGGCUCAGAGAGGAAGGAAGCAGAUACCGCGCAUUCUUCCAGACAUUCUCCAUGGUGACCAAGGAGGAGGGCUACCAAGCUCUGUACCGCGGCCUGACCACUCACCUCCUACGGCAGAUCCCUAACACCGCCAUUGUGAUGUGCGCCUAUGAGGUGGUGGUCUACCUGCUCAACGGCUAAAUUUUCCCCUCAAGCCGAUGAUCUACCUGCUCAAUGGCUGACACGCAGCUGCAAACGGGUGGUCACUCUGUGCACCUGUAAACAGGUGGUGUGCCAGCUCGAAGGUUAGCACGUGCAGUUCGCCCCUGCUUGCCCAGAGCGAGACAAGGAUCAUCUGCUGGAGAACAAAGGAGACAGAGCAGGACCAGGAGAAGAUGACUACCCUGACUUUCUGAGAAAGAGGCCAGGAGUUUUUGGUCUGAAUGACAGGGCACUGAGUGGGAGGAGAGGGCCAAGAUUGGAACCAUCUUAUACCCAAAAACAAAGUUCAAAAAAGGAAGGACGAUCUCUCCAGUCCUCUCAGGGGGUCUGUCUCUUCAUCUCUCAGUGAGAAGGUGCUCCUAAUGAUAAUUGGGGUAGAAGGAUGAAAGCAUGAUUGGUCGUUGGAUUUACGUUGGUGAGACCGAUCACGUUUAUCACCAUGUGUAUUCUUAAUAUGCCUGAAUAGUCCGAGUUCUCUCUCACUGAUGGAAAACGUAUGUUUUGGGUCAGCUUUAAAGAGAACCUCCACUGGAAAGACAUGAACUCAAAAUGCACUGAAAGCAAAAUUAAGAAUACAAAGCUAGGUAAUUAAUAUUUUAUCCAAAAGGCAAUCCCAAAGUGCAUUGCCCUGUUUGUACUCUUUUUCAACAUGAACAGUGAGAAAGGUAAGCAGGCUCCAAACUAAUGAUAUUCUUAACUUGCCAUUCUCUGCAUUUUGACAAAAGUUCAGGUUCCUUUUCCGUCUGUCACUCUGUACAGCAAUCUGCCAUCCCUUCCACCCCGAUUUUAGGCUAUCAAAUGUUCUUGUCUUGAAUGCCACAAGUGUGGGGAUAGGCCAAGCCAAAAUCUCCCAGGACUAAUAAUGUGUCAUGUGUUUUUAGUGCUGAAUGGCCUGCAGUGGGAUAAUGGUUGUGGAAAGCUGUGUUGACGUUAAAAGUAGAAGUGGAGGGUUGUGACGGCACAAGGCUAGCCUAUACCUAUAGACAGGGUUAGCAUAUGGCUAACCUAUACCUAUAGACAGGGUUAGCGCGUGGCUAGCAUAUACAGUAGCUACAGAAAAGGCUAGUGCAUGGCUGGCAUAUAGCUAGAGACAGGACUAGCAUGUAGUAAGCACAGGGCUAGCACAUGGUUAGCACGCACAGGACUGGCAACUACAGACAGGGCUAGUAUAUUGCUACAGUAUACAUCCAGACAGGGUUAGCACAAGGCUAGCGUUAUAGGUACAGACAGCUAGUGCAUGGCUGGCAUAUUGCUAGAGACAGGGCUAGCAUAUAGUAAGUACAUGGCUAAUACAUGGUUAGCACAUGGCUAACGCAUGGUUCCCAGUUCCAAGUUAUUCUGUUUUUUUAAUAUCUAUUUUUAUUUUAUUUUUUGGUAGAGAAAAGAAAAAACUUCCCUUUGAUAGGAAACAGCGUCUCUUUUGACCUCAUGGUGCAUCUGCACUGGGCAUUUAACUCCAUUCAUUUUCUACUUGGCCUUUUUCUCAUUUUCAAGGUAAUUUUGUGAUUGUACUGGUUUCCUAUUCUUUGCAUUUUGUUCUCAUUUUUGUAACUUUUGUAAAAAUUUAGUCAAUAAAAGUUGAAGAA